CGAAUAACUGGCUCCCUUUCCCUCGUUUCAUUUCACUGCUAAAUCCUCGCCACAACACAUUCAUACAAAAAUUUCUAUUGAAUCUAAAAUAAAAAUUGGAUAAUUUCGAAAUUUUAGAGAUUAUUUUUCUGUUCUUUGAGUUCCCAUUUCUAUAAGUAGUCUUCUAAGACUCUACCUCUUCCCCUUUAUUCUUAAGAAACUUUUAGUUCUCUUUCUUCUUUCUUCACUGUCAAGAAUUUCGAGAUCCCGCGUUUUCUUCAUUUUCUCAGAUCUUUGUUAUAGAAGAAAAAACUGCUGCUAACAAUGACUUUGGCUAAUGGCGAAGCUUAUCAAGUGACUAACAAUGGCGAUUUAAGCAAACCCUUCAAAAUCUUUGUCGGUUACGAUCCGCGUGAAGAUCUAGCCUAUGAGGUCUGCCGCCAUUCUAUCUUGAAACGUUCAUCGGUUCCUGUCGAGAUCACUCCCAUUGUUCAAUCAGAUCUCCGGGAAAAAGGCCUGUACUGGCGCGAGCGGAACAAGCUCGAGAGUACCGAGUUCUCGUUUUCCCGGUUCCUGACUCCCUACUUGGCGAAUUACAAUGGUUGGGCGCUGUUCAUCGACUGUGAUUUCCUUUACUUAGCUGAUAUAAAGGAAUUAAUGGAGUUGAUUGAUGAUAAAUAUGCGAUCAUGUGCGUUCAUCAUGAUUAUACCCCGAAAGAGACCACGAAAAUGGAUGGUGCAGUGCAGACUUUGUAUCCUCGAAAGAAUUGGUCCUCGAUGGUGUUGUACAAUUGCGGUCAUCCGAAGAACAAGGGUCUGACUCCAGAAGUUGUAAACAAUCAAACGGGCGCUUUUCUUCAUAGGUUCCAGUGGCUCGAAGAUGAUGAAAUCGGAUCGAUCCCGUCUAUUUGGAAUUUCCUUGAAGGGCAUAACAAGGUUGUUGAGAAUGACUCAAAAACGUUUCCUAAAGCCAUACAUUAUACUCGUGGAGGGCCAUGGUUUGAGGCAUGGAAGAAUUGCGAGUUUGCCGAUCUUUGGCUGAAUGAGAUGCAUGACUACAUCGAAGAAACGAAGUUGAAUGCAAGUUAAUCAGAAUCGGCAUUGGUAAUUUCCUAAUUACAUGUCAAUUUAUUCAUGCUCCAUUUUUAUGUUAUAUUCAUAUAUUGAAUCUAUCUUUGUGUAUCCUAGUUCCAAUUAUGCUUUAGAGUAUAUCAGGACGGCUAUAUAUCGAUAUCGAUGCCUCGUGUAUGUAGUUUUUCAAUUUUUUUCAUUUGUUUCAGUGACUACAUAUGGGAAUAUAUGAUCCUUGGAAUGUUGGGCAGUAUCUUUAGUUGAUUAAUGAAAGGUCUUUCAUUUGUUUGUGAA